AGAACGCAUCCGCUCCAAGUAUUUCGAUAGAACCUUUUUUUCAACCAAACCUUUUCUUCAAAUCUUUGCCACUUUACAGUGGCAAGGUGCGUUAAUUUGCGUCGAUUUGUGUCUCCUAAAAGGAAAGCAGCCAAUGUUAAGUAUUAUAAUUUAUGCUAUUUUUGUACAUUAAAUAUAUCUCAUAGUUGCGAGAUUAAAAAUAUUUUGCUUAAUUUAUUUCCUACUUUCAUUCUUACAUACACACGCCUACAUAAUACAUACCGAAUUAAAUAUUUGCCGCGAGCUUAAAAAUGUAACGAGCUCUUUUCUUUUUUAGUCAAGCAUGGAUAUCAAUGCUGAGACGAAAUAUUUUUCCGAAGCACUGUGCUUCUUUCACGAGACGCGAUGGCUCCAUAAUACUCCAGUAACUGAAAUAUUAACUAAAGCGUCUUUAGAUGCGAUCCCUAAUGAAUGGAUGAAACACUUGCAAACUUUAGAAAAUGAAGAACUUAAUAAUUUCGUAGUAGAAAAUGCAAUAAAGUCCGACUGGCCUGAUUCUUUAAAAACAUACGUUGCAAAAUGUAAGGGGAUUAAUAGACUGUCACCUGUGCCCGCAUUAUCUUCCGCAGAGCUGCCGCAAAAUUUUAAAAUAGGUCUUAAUACAAAGAAGCAACACGAGAUAAUGCACUUGGCUCACUUGGUGGGCGUGCAAUGCGAGCGGCAUGAUAUACGAACGAUCGUUGACUUGGGCGCGGGUUUGGGAUACGUGUGCCAAAUGUUACAUUAUUUGCACGGCUACCGAGUCUUGGGAUUGGAGAGAGACAAAGGAAAUAUUAGCAGAGCUCUUGCUAGACAGAAAAAAUUGUAUCCCGAUUCCUUGACUAAAGUUAAAUACGUUCAUUGCGACGUAACGUGCGAUUCGGCCGACGCGAUAGAAUCUAUUCUGCAGCAAGAGUUUCCCGACGUUGCAGACGUGUGUCUGAUCGGCCUGCACGCCUGCGGGGAUCUUAGCACAAGUGCAUCGAGAAUCUUCUGCAGAAUGAGAUCCGCUAAACUUUUCAUUCUGAUCUCGUGUUGUUACCACAAACUCUCCAUUUUCAAAAGUGUGCAGACUUCGUCGCAGGAAAAACAAUACUUUCGCAAUUUCCCGACGUCCAACUGUCUGCGAGAGACAAUCGCGGCGCACGAUCUUGACGUAGGACAGUUUUUGAGAAUACCCUUCUUGCGAUUAGCGUGUCAAGAAUCGGCGGACAAAUGGCACGGAAUGUCCCGAGAGAAGCACGACGACCAUUCCUUUCACGUUCUCGCUAGAGCCGUCCUCGAAUUAUACGCGCGACAAAACAAUUACGUUCUCAAGAAAAAAGUUCGGAAAGGCACGAGGAAGUCGCAAUGCUCGAAUUUUCAGACUUACGUCAAAGACUCGUUACUAAGAUACGAUUUCGUAUCAAAUACAGACGGGACAGAUGCAAUUGCACGAGAUGAGAUUGAGAAGGGCAUAACGCGAAUAUGGGAGGAACAGAGUAGUAACUUAAGGGCCGUAGAAAUCUACACAGGAUUGCAAAUGAUGUUACAACUUCCGGCGGAGUCGCUCAUUUUACAGGAUCGAUUGUGCUGGUUGUACGAACAAGGCUUACAGGCUGCCACUGUGCCAGUGAUGAACAAGUGUAUUUCUCCUCGCUCGUACGCCAUCGUGUCAAAGAAACACUAA